ACAAGGAAACUAGGCUGCAGAGCCCCGCAGACGCCUUCAUUUUAUGUUUUUGAAUAAUAGCCGGAGCUAGUGUGGCCAAGUGUGUGGAGCUCCCCGGCUCGCACCGCCUCGAGUGUCCCGGAAAAGAGCAGCUUCGCACCGCCUGGAAGGCGCUCUCCGUCGCUUUCACAGAUAUGGAAUUCGAACCGCCGGGCUCCCCGCAGGUCGUGGAGGAUGGAGGUGAGGAGGAUGAGGAGGAGCUGAGUGGAGGCGAGGAGGCAGACUGUCGGACCACGUCGGGUCGGGGCUCCCUGCUGACCCGGAGAGGGAUCACCCUGCGAGUGCUGCUGAAGGAUGGCCUGGUGGAGCCGGGGGACGGCGUGCUGGCCAUCCAUUACCUGGGUAAGAACUUUGUAGGUGACCUGUUGAAUGACGGGAAAAUCCGAUGGGUGGAGACGGGGCAGAUCUUUAACUCUCCCAGCGCCUGGGCAACGCACUGCAAGCGUCUGGUCAACCCGGCUAAGAAGUCUGGCUGUGGCUGGGCGUCCGUGCGCUACCGGGGACAGAAGCUGGCCCAGUACAAAACCACAUGGCUGCACAAAUACCAGCCCAGCGCAGACAUGAGUCUGGUGAGUGAGGAAGACGAUGAUGAGGAUGAUGAAGAAGGAAAGACCGCUGUGCAGGCGGAUGAGAGGAAUAAGAACAAGCAGCUUGGAUUUCAUGAUGUAAUGGUUUCACGUCGAACCGACAGAGAGAGGAUUCCCGUCAGAUAUUGCUCCUUGGGCACCAGAGAUGCUGCCAAAGAUUCACACACGCUGGUGGAGCUGUCGGCAUUUUCGGCCAUCAACAGAUUCCAGCCGUUCAAUGUAGCCGUCUCCAGCAAUGUUCUGCUGCUAAUGGACUUCCAUUGUCACCUGACCUCCAGCGAGGUGGUGGGAUACCUCGGAGGACGAUGGGACACCAACACACAGUUGCUGACGGUCUUGAGGGCUUUCCCCUGUCGGACCAGGCUGGCUGACAGGGACUCAGCCUCUGCUGUCGAAGAGGAGAUUUGUCAGAACCUGUUCAUGCGUGGGCUGUCGUUGGUGGGCUGGUACCACAGUCAUCCUCGGGGGCCGGCCCUGCCUUCGCUGCAGGACAUCGACUCCCAGAUGGAUCAUCAGCUGAGGCUGCAGGGCUCAAAUAACGGCUUCCAGCCCUGUCUGGGCAUCAUCUGUGGUCCAUAUUACCAUGGAAACCAAGGUGUGGCAUCUACAAUAACACCAUUCUGGGUAGUACCACCACCUGAGCAAAGACCUAAUGACUAUGGAAUCCCUGUAGCCGUGGAGGUCACUUAUGUGCAGGACAACUUUUUAACCAGUGACGUUCUUAAUGAGAUGAUGCUGCUGGUUGAAUACUAUAGAGCAGCUCCUGACCUCGUCCAGUUCAACCAGUACUGGUGUCCUGAUACAACCAUGAUGGACAAGAUUAAGGGCUCUCUGAGCUGCCACGCCCCCAAAGACCAGGCCUACUCGCAGAUCUUGGAGCACGUCUACAGUCAGCUGAGCAACAUGCACUGAGGUCCGUUCUGCGUAUGAGACGUGAGAGCGCUGCAGCAAGUCUUUCAUUUCAAACGCUUCCAUCCACAGAGCUGGCGGCUCUGUGGUGGGCAGACAAACUUUGUGAAUUUGGCUUGGGAAAACAUCUAAAUAGAUCAAUGCCUUAAAUGAGCUCAUACGUGAAUCAUAAACUCUG